AUGCUUCCUUUUGCUCUUGGUUUGGUGUCACUUGCUCUCCAAAAAGGCAAAGGGUUGUGGCCUUGGCUCUUCCUAAUUUGCAACUUCAAGGCACAAUUUCCCCAUCUUUGGCCAAUUUUGUCCUUCCUCAGUGUUCUCAAUCUCCAGAACAACAGCUUCCACGGUGGCAUCCCUUAUGGUAUUGGCCACAUGCCUCGCUUGCGAGUGAUUGGCGUUAAAAACAAUCAGCUUAACGGAAGUAUACCAACAAGUCUAUUUCAAAACCGGAGAGUUCAAGUAAUUUCUUUGGCUUUCAAUGAACUCAGUGGUGAAAUGUGGAGAGGGCCAUGGUAUGUACCCGAACUCAGAGUCUUAAAUCUCGGGAACAAUAACCUCACCGGUAUAGUCCCUCCUUCUGUUGGAAAUGCCACAAAAAUGAUGAACUUCAGUUUGUCUGGGAAUAGAGUCAGCGGCAACAUUCCAAAGGAGGUCUGUAAUCUGAGCCAGCUGGCAUUUUUUUCCUUGUUCGAUAAUCAAUUAACAGGUUCCAUUCCCGCAACACUGUUUAACAUCUCGUCACUACUUGUCGUAACUCUGGCAAAGAAUAGCCUUUCUGGUCCUCUCUUGCUAGAUGAAGGCAAUAUUGUGUCGAAUCUGUACAUUUUAAGGAUGUCUCACAAUCAAAUUUCUGGUUGCAUUCCUUCCAACAUAUGCCAACUCACACAGCUCAAAGUUUUGUCCAUAUCUUUCAACAAUAUAACCGGAGACAUACCUAGAAAUAUUGGUUGUUUAUCCAAACUCGAGAAUUUUUAUAUGGGUGAUAAUCCAAUAAAAGGGACUAUUCCCACUUCAUUGGGAAAUAUUUCCACUCUGCAUAGUCUUUACUGUGGAAACAAUCGCAUAGUGGGGAAAAUUCCUCCGGAAUUAGGGAAGCUAUCAAAUUUGAGGGAAUUAAUCUUUACCCAUAAUUCUAAUCUUAUCGGUCAAAUUCCAGAUGCUAUUUUCAACAUAUCUUCUUUGGAAGUGAUUAGUUUCAGUCUCAAUAGCCUCUCAGGGAGAAUUCCAACCACUACAGGUCUUCAUCUUCCGAACCUUAAAGUACUUGAGUUGGGAGUCAAUCAGCUGGAAGGGGAAAUUCCAUUGUUCAUAACAAAUGCUUCCAAGCUUCAGACACUGGGGCUAGAAUUUAACUCUCUCACGGAAGCUAUUCCUACUAAUUUGGGGAAUCUUCAUGAGCUGCGAUCACUCUUACUACAUCAUAAUCAACUUACCAAUGUAUCAAGAGAGCGUGAGUUGCUAUUCUUCAAUUCUUUGGCGGACUGUAGGAUGUUGAAAGAUCUAGAAGUGGGUAACAAUCCGUUAAAUGGCGUUCUGCCCAAUUCAAUUGGGAAUCUCUCAUCUACUAUUGAAAAUUUUUAUAUAGGAGAUGCACACAUCAAUGGCCUCAUCCCCAAAAUUAUAGGCAACAUGACCGGUCUUACAGCCCUAAGCCUUAGAGGAAACAACUUGGCGGGAAGUAUUCCUUCUGAGAUUGGUAAGCUUAAACAACUCCAAGGGCUGUCUCUACCUAACAAUAAAUUGCAGGGACAUAUUCCAGAGGUGGUAUGCCAUUUAUCGAAUUUGUUUCUAUUAUAUCUGUAUGGUAAUGAGCUCUCUGGAUUAAUUCCAGAAUGCUUUGGAAAUCUUAGCAUGCUACAACAUCUUUAUUUGGAUUCUAAUAAAUUUUCAUCAAAAUUUCCGUUGAGCCUUUGGAAGAUGAGUGGUCUUCUCUAUCUAGACGUGUCACAUAAUUCAAUAGAAGGAGAAGUUCCCCAGGAUAUUGGAGGACUGAAAGCCAUUGUAGAACUAGAUCUUUCCAGGAGGUCCAAAGAUGUGGAGAAGGUACUGGAGAUCGGGACUCAUCAAUUAGUUUCUUAUCACGAGAUUCAGCGAGCAACAAAUAAUUUUGAUGAUGAAUCAAAUUUAUUUGGUGAGGGAAGCUCUGGCUCUGUGUACAAAGGCACAUUAUCUAGUGGAACUGCAGUGGCAAUUAAGGUUCUAGAUUUGGAAAAUGAGCAAGUAUGCAAGAGGUUUGAUACCGAAUGUGAAGUGAUGAGAAAUGUUAGACACAGAAAUCUUGUUCCAGUGAUUACUACAUGUUCUAGUGACUAUAUAAGAGCCUUUGUUCUGCAAUUUAUGCCCAAUGGAAGUCUUGAGAAUUGGUUGUACAAAGAAGAUCUCCACUUGAACCUUCAUCAAAGAGUCACUGUAAUGCUUGAUGCAGCUAUGGCAGUUGAAUAUCUACAUCAUGGUCAUGUCAUCCCAAUAGUUCAUUGUGACCUAAAGCCAGCCAACAUUCUUUUGGAUGAAGAUAUGGUGGCUCAUGUUGGUGAUUUUUGGAAUCUCUAA